CAGAGUUUGUGUGAAGAGCGAGUCGCCACACAAACUCCUCCCAUAACAAGACACGGAGUUCAGCGUCUUGAAUUGUUCGAAGGAACAUGUCAACAAGACACGAAACCAACCGUCCUCGAGCUGGCUCCUAAAGGAUAAUGAACAAGAAGAAAACGCUACGCUGAGAGAAGGAAAAAUAGAUGCAAGACUCCGUUUUGCACAAGUUUUUCACUUUUGUUUUCUGUCUGCCAAAUGUCUUCUAUAGUCUGUAUAAAAUUUUAUCCUUUGGUUUUAUUAACUUUUCAACUGUGAAUUCAAAAACUAAGACUCAGAAUGUACCAAGUAGUCCCAGGAGGUGCAGGAGGAACGAUUACAGAUGGCGUGCCCAUCAAGAAGAUAGACAAGGACAGUCGCCCUCUGGUGGGCGCUGGAGUUAUUGGUGUGAUUCUGGUGAUUGCGGCAGUGACUGCAUGGUGCUACUAUAUUGCCUCCCUACGUAAAGCUGACCUGCUGAAGACAGAAUUGCUUGAUCUGAAUAAGGAUGGCUUUCUUAUUCGUAAUCAAGCUGGGGGGAUUGUCCUUAAGAUGGGUUUCAGAUCUGGCACGCUUGAUCUUGACUCCUGCUCAAAGGAGGGAGUGGUCCUUCGUUGCUCGCGUUCGUUUGCUGGCAAGGUAAACUUCUUCAUCAUGACGGUAAAGCCAAAGGAGACAGUGGUGUGUUAUCGUGUACGUUGGGAAGAGUUGGAGUCGGACCGACCUGUGGAACACGCUAUGUCCUACAAUGAAUCCCACUGGUAUGGCGGUGCUGAGACUGCUGUUCAGCAUUGGCCAAUUGCUAUCUCAGGCCAGCAGGCACCCAAACCUUUUGUCACCAGCGACGUGUACUCCAAUCGCCACGACUUCGGUGGCAUUCUGGAACGCUACUGGCUUUCGUCCAAUGCAACUGCCAUUAAGAUCAAUGAUUCUGUGCCCUUUCACCUGGGCUGGAAUGAUACAGAGAAAACCAUGUACUUCCAGGCACGAUAUCAGGACAGUCCAUACAAACCUGCACCUGGAAGGCCUCCCUAUGCUGAACUUAGUUACAGAGUCUGUGUUGGCCCAGAUGUGACUUCUAUCCACAAGGUCAUGGUUCGUCGAUACUUCCCAAAACCUAACAAAGUACCGGCCAAAGAAAUGUUCCGCCACCCAAUAUGGUCCACCUGGGCUUUACACAAGACAGACAUCAACCAGGAAAAGCUUUUAACCUAUGCAGAGAAUAUACGCAGGAAUGGUUUUAACUGUAGCCACUUAGAACUUGAUGAUCGUUACACCAGUCAAUAUGGAGAGUUUGAAUUUGACACACAGAAGUUUCCAAAUGCUUCUGCAAUGUUUCAAAAACUCAAGGCUGAUGGCUUCCUGGUAUCCCUGUGGACGCAUCCCUUUGUGAAUUAUGAUUCUGCCAAUUUUGGGCCAUGUGUACAGAAAGGCCUUUUUGUGAUGGAGCCUACAGGUCAGCUUCCUGCUUUGGUUAAGUGGUGGAAUGGCAUCGGUGGAAUUCUCGAUUUUACCAAUUCAGAAGCUCGCAACUGGUUCAUGUCCCAGCUUCGUUCCUUACGCCACAAAUACGGCGUUUCUUCCUUUAAGUUGGAUGCGGGCGAGACUAACUACUUGCCCUGGCAGUUCAGAACCAAAGUCCAUCUCCCUGACCCAAGCACCUUCACUCGCCGCUACACCGAAAUGGCCAUUCCUUUCAACGAGCGUGCUGAACUUCGGUCUGGCUACGGCUCCCAGAAUAUCUCAUGUUUUUUCCGUCCAAUCGACCGGGACUCUGUGUGGGGCUAUGAACUUGGCCUGAAGUCUCUGAUCCCAACUGUCCUCACUAUCAGCAUCCUAGGCUACCAGUUUAUCUUGCCAGACAUGAUUGGAGGCAAUGCCUAUCCCAACCGUACUGAUGGAAAUGGCAAGCUACCAGACCGUGAGCUCUAUAUUCGAUGGCUGGAGCUGUCUGCUUUCAUGCCCUCCAUGCAGUUCUCCAUUCCUCCGUGGGAGUACGAUGACGAGGUGGUGGCUAUCGCUCAACGGUUCACUGAACUACAUGAGACACUGGUGGCUCCCAGGGUCAUAGAACUGGCUGGAGAAGUUCUAGACACCGGGGACCCCAUAAUUCGCCCAAUAUGGUGGAUCGCCACUAGUGAUGAAACGGCUUAUAGAGUUGACUCACAGUUUUUGAUAGGGGAUGACUUGAUGGUGGCACCAGUACUGGAGCCGGGCAAGCAAGAAAGGGAUAUCUAUCUACCAGCGGGACGCUGGAAGAGUUACAAAGGAGAACGAUACGACAACAAAGAGCCAAUACAUCUAACAGAUUACCCAGUUGAUCUUGAUGAAAUUGCUUACUUUGAAUGGGUUCAGUGAGACUUAUGCGAAUCAUCUGGAGUUUUGAGCAUGUCUUCCAUUUAAAGCGUUUGUGAAAUUGAUUAAUUUUUUUUCAGGGAAUUUAGUUACUCAUCCAGGGUUUAAAUUUUACAAAAACAGGACUGUUUAACAAGCUUCCGGUUGCAUAUUCUAACAUUCUCCAUCAGCUUAGUUGUGAUGUUUUGUGCCAUUACAGCAGUUAAACAUGCAUUAGAUAUAUGAAGCUAAUGUCUAAAUCCAUGCCUUGCAUUUAAACAGCCAAUGUCUUUACCAUCUCAAAACCUUAACACAAUUAAGAUUUUACACAUGCAUCUUGCCAAAUUUACUAACUUCAUGGGCUGUGACAGGUAAUUUUGCACAAUGCAUCUUUCAUGUUUUCUCACAUGCAUUUUUAAAAAAGGGAAAUUUUACCAGUACUGUAGAUAAGCUGACUUCUUACAGGUGUACAAUUUUGUGAAUGCAUUAACGUAUGGCUUUUUAACUGCAAGCAAUAGCAAUACUGCAUCCCCUAUAUACACUACAGCCGUGCAUGCAGCACAUUCGAGCCUAGUCUGCCCUACUCUUGCCUGUAAGCACCAAUACUUGAUAUAAUCACAUUAGGAGUUUCUAUGAGUAAUGGGUGCUUGUGGCUGCAUUGGAAACUACCAGCAGUCUUUUUUUUACUCUACUUGCUAUACUAUCAUCAUGUAGUGCCAAAUACAUCACCAGUAGGCCUUGUUCAAGCAUUACUCCAUUACUGCCACAUUUACAGAUAGGGUUGUCAAACGAUUAAUCGCAUGUUAAAUAAAAGUUUGCAUUUACAUAAUAUGUGUGUGGAGUGUGUGUAUUAAUAUAUAAAUAAGAAAUAUACACAGUACACACCUAUAUUAUGUACACAAACUUAUUUUGCAUGCGAUUAAUUAUGAUUAAUCGUUUGACAUCCCUGUGCUGAAACGUUUCCUGCCACAUAAAAUACAUUGUUUUUCCUUCCACAUUAAAUCGAUGUGUGCUGCUCAUCUUGUUUUGAAUAUUAUGCUGUGCUGCCUAAUUUUUGUGUUUUGCAAUAAGGGCACAACGCUGAAUGCUUACUCAGUUAAUCUUUAUCAGAUUAUUUUCUUGCUGCGCAAGGGUCACCUUUGUGUUUGUUGUGUUUGUUUAACGCUCUUCCAGCACGCCGACAAUCGACUCUCACUGCAAGCUUUCUCUAAUCUACGACCUUCAAGCUUAUUUUUAGCUCUUCCCACACAACUGUGAAAGCGCACUCAUCCACUCUGGUGAAACAAUGAAUCUGUCAAGCAAUGUGUCUGCUCUAAAAGUAGCUACGGAGUAUGAAGACAUGGCAGCUGCCUUUCUAGUACUUGUGUACCUCAAAUAACCGUUUCGAUUGUCGCUUCAUGGUAUUUAAUAACUUACUUCAGGAGGUGUUUGGGAUGAUUUUCUUCACUGGGACUAUGUGCUUGUGGAUUUCAUUUUGUUAAUAGGCCCUUAACAGCGUGGGCGCCAAACAGACUGUAGACUGCUGAUGUUCCAGAAACUCACUGGAGCAAAGCUUCACCAUCAGCUUUCCGCAGACUGGAAUUUCAAGGUUUUUUUUUUUUUUUUUUUUUUUUUGGGGUCAAAAAGAAUGUGAAAAAUUCCCAGAAGCAAAAAUGCUUUGUUUGUACAUCUCAUAGACUUUGUGUGUGUGUGUGUGUUUGCUUUUUAAAAAUAUUCACAAUGUCUCGGACUAAUACAUUUCUGUGUUUAUUUCAAAACAAAUAGUAGUGAAUGCAAGUAUUUAUUUGUUUUGUGGCUAAAACUGCACAUUUAGUUUCGCAUUUCACCUGGUAAAGCAAGUGCUGAGUUUGAGCAGCUGCCUUGAAAAUGGAAUCGUUCUCCAGAGCGUCACAGGAGGGCAGUGUUGACCUGCUUUUCUAGUCCUCCACUUGAAGCUUGUGAAGUGUUGGCAUGGCACAAGAAAAUCCUGUACUUUAUUUCAGUAUUUUUCUCUCACUGAAUAUAAUUAGCCUGAUAUUGAAGUAAAAUGGUACCAUUAAACUUUUGACCUCUCUCAA